AUGAGCACCAUUUACUGGCACGAUUACGAGACCUUUGGCAUCAGUCCGCAAAAAGAUCGGCCGGUGCAGUUUGCCGGACGCCGCACCGACGUGGACCUGAACCCGGUGGGGGACCCCUUAAGCAUCCACUGUCAACAGACCGGCGACUACCUGCCCCAGCCGAUGGCGGCGCUGGUCACCGGCAUUACCCCACAACGUGCUGAGGAGGGACUGCGAGAGGCGGAUUUCGCGCGGGAAAUUCAUCAGGUGCUGGCGCAGCCCAAUACCUGUGGCGCCGGCUACAAUAGCAUCAGGUUCGACGACGAGGUCACCCGCUAUUUGCUGUUCCGCAAUUUUUACGACCCUUAUCAAAGGGAAUAUCAAAGCGGCAACUCGCGCUGGGACCUGAUUGACGUGGUCAGACUGUGCUACGCGCUGCGCCCCGAGGGCAUCAACUGGCCCAUCAAAGACAACGGCAACCCCAGUUUUAGAUUAGAAGACCUCACCGCCGCCAAUGGUAUCGAACACAGUGACGCCCACGACGCGCUGGCCGAUGUUGACGCUACCAUCGCGCUGGCCCAGCUGAUUCGCCAGCAUCAGCCCAGGCUGUUUGAUCACGCGUAUCGAAACCGGGGCAAACAUGCCGUAUCGGCCCAGUUGAAGCUGGACUCACCUCGCGCGUUGCUGCACGUGUCAUCGCGAUACCCGGCCAGCCGCGGCUGUCUUGCCAUGGUGCUUCCAAUAUGUGGACACCCAACCAAUCCCAACGCGGUGCUGGCAGUGGAUCUGGCAAAGUCGCCUGAAAAACUGUUGACGCUAUCCAGCGAUGACAUUGCCGAUCGGAUUUUCACCCCCAGUGCCGACUUGCCCGCAGGGGUCUCGCGUAUUGGCGUAAAGGCCAUUGCGAUCAAUCGCUCUCCGAUGCUGGCGCCACUCGGCGUGCUGAAAGGGGUCAAUCUGGAGCGCAUCGCGCUGGAUCCAGAUGCCUGCCUGAAACACCAGGACGAACUGUUGCCCCAUAUCGCAGUGGUUGGACAGCGCCUGCAGGAAGUUUAUGGCGCAGUUCAGUCGUUUCCGGAUAUCGAUAACGCCGACUGGUCUUUGUAUAGCGGCGGCUUCGCGUCCAACCGGGAUCGGGCGCUUUGCAACGACGUUCGGCAGGCGCCUCCCGCAACGCUGGCUGAGAUGGGAGACGCAUUCGAAGACUCAAGGUUCACCGAGCUGCUGUUUAUUUAUCGAGCCAGAAACUGGCCGGAGACGCUGUCACCGCAGGACACCACCCGCUGGCAGGACCAUUGCCACAGGCGCUUACUGAAAGGACAACCCACCGCUGUGCAGCAAUUUGAACAGGCGCUGUGGCAGGCCAGAAAAUCCCCGAUGGCGGAGCAACGCCAAGGCGUUCUGGAUGAAUUAGAAGAUUACGUACGUCUGGUGCUUCAGGCGGCGGGUGCCUCUGAAUACUUGUAA